GUAAAAAUUAUUAGAUCUAGUCAACAAACCCUCAGGGGUUGCAACGUGAUUACAGAGUUGAUUCUUCAGUCUUCAGUUUCACCUCAUUGCGUGUCUACACACUACUACGCGACACUGGUCAGUUCCUUAUUUUGUCUAUUCACUCACUUUGUCUCAUGCUAGGUUAAUUUUGAUUUGAAACUAGAGUCUAGAUCUAGUAAGGACAUAAAUCAGCCAGUACUGUCAGUCACUGCCACAUUUUCAUUGAAAGGAGGAGAUCCCCUCGAACAACUCGGCCAACUGACAGCAUUUUUAGCAGAAAGUGCUUUGUAAUUUUGGAGUUCACUGCGACAAGUGGAAGCUACUCUCAUAUCAUAGAUUUGACGAGAGCUUUGGUCAGUAUGAGCGAGGGGGAAGAGCGAGUGUCCAGUAGCGACACUCUGGACAAGCCUUUGUUCCGCGACAUUACGGGAGAGGACUACGACCCGGAGAUCACAGAGCUGGAGAGUCUUUGCAUCAAUUGUGAGGAACAGGGUAUCACCCGGCUCUUCUUGACCAGGAUCCCCUUUUUCAGAGAAGUGAUUGUUGCGUCUUUUUCCUGCGAUCAUUGUGGCUACAGAAAUGCCGAGCUUCAGCCUGGUGGAAGGAUCCAGGAUCGCGGUGUGUCGUUCAAACUGAAUAUCCAGACUGUUGAGGAUCUGAACCGUCAAGUUGUGCAGACAGCCCACGCCACUGUGAAGAUUCCGUCCAUUGAGUUUGAAAUUCCUCCUUCUAAGUCAGCGCUGACCACCAUCGAGGGUGUGAUUGACCGGGCUGUGGAAGGUCUGGAGCAGGACCAGGUGUUGCGACGGAUCCAGUACCCUGAUGUGGCAGCCCAGAUUGACGCCUUCAUAGAAAAGCUGAAGGGUUUGAAGGCUGUGCAGCAACCAUUCCAUUUUGUCAUCGAUGAUCCGUCAGGAAAUAGCUUUGUGGAGAAUCCGCUGGCACCGAACCGAGACCUUCAGCUUGUGGUGGCUCACUACGCCCGCACCAAGCAGCAGGACGAGGCUCUGGGACUGUCGGAGGAGGAGGAGGAGUCGACCUCGGAGGCUGGUGGCGCCACCGUGGGUCAGGACGACGGGGAGGGGCUCAACACACAGAACGAGAUUCUUCAGUUCAGGACCAACUGCCCAGAAUGUGGUGCUCCGUGUGACACCAACAUGAAAGUUGUCAACAUCCCCUACUUCAAAGAGGUGGUGAUCAUGGCCACCAACUGCGACAUGUGCGGUCACCGUGACAACGAGGUCAAGAGCUCGGGCGGGAUCGAGCCCAAAGGUCGCCGCAUGGAGCUGGCUGUUCUUACGGCCGAGGACCUCGCUCGGGACGUGCUCAAGAGCGAGACGGCCUCGGUGCUGAUCCCGGAGCUGGAGUUUGAGAUGGAGAUGGGCACGCUGGGGGGGAAGUUCACCACUGUGGAGGGGCUGCUGGAGGACGUCAAGGCACAGCUGAAGGCGACCAACCCGUUUUUCCACGGCGACUCGUCGCAGCCGCAGGUGAACAACAAACUGUCUGCCUUCUGUGACAAGCUCGAUGAUAUCAUCAAGGGCGAGAGGAAGGAUUGCCACUUUGUGCUGGAUGACCCUGCUGGGAACAGCUUCAUACAGAGCCUCCAUGCCCCCGAGCCCGACCCCCAGAUCGUGGAGACAUACUACGAGCGAACGUUUGAUCAGAACGAGGAUCUCGGCCUCAACGACAUGAAGACGGAGAACUACGAGGAGACGUGACGGCAGCCGUACUCGCUUCGCGUAGAGCUCCGUUACCCCCACCCCCUGGACACACACACACAGACAUACACAUUGCUGUUCAGUUCUCCAUUACCUUUGGGCUAGGUCCAUGUUACGGAAAAUAAAAGAUGAUUUAAUUUAUAUAUAUAUAUAUAUGUGUGUGUACAGAUCAUUGUCUCUUGCUACUCACGUUACUGUCUUGCAGGUUUUUUUCCUCAUCUCGUAUUCGUGUUACUGCGACUAUGACUAUUGUCUUUGUAUCACGUGUAUGCUCAACAAAAGAUUUAUAAAAACCAGGUGUGGCGUCGGAUGUCCAGUAGUUAGGCUGUCAGACUUGUACUCAAGUGAUCAAGUGAUCAAACCCCAUCAGGGAUCCAUCGUUGUGUCUUUGCGAAAGACACUCGACAUCCUCACUACAUCCAGGUGGAGAUAUGUACUUACUUGGCUAUCGACAGUGACAUUAAGAUCUUGUCAGUUUGUUACUGUUUUCUUAUUUGGCUGCUUGCACUGUAUGCUUCCUGGGAAGCCACAUGUUUCUGAAAGUUCUAGGGUCUGCUGGGGUGAUACCUUUAAUUCACAUAGAGUGUGCUGUAGAGCAUGGAUAUGUCCUAUAUAAAUGCAAUCUUUAUUAUGAUCAUUACUAUUAUUAUGUGAAUGUCAAAUAUUUAUGGGUUUGUUGGGGGGGAGGGGGUGGUGGUGAGUUCAGGCUACUUUGUCUUUCUUCUUUUCUGUCAAUCUGUCAGCCAGCCCCUGGUUAUUCAUUCAACAAGUUAAUCUGCCAUCAACAGCUUCUAUGACUUAUGAUUGUGAUGAUUAUGUCUACUAUUACUACUUUAGGUUUUUGUUGAUCUGAACACAAAUAAAUGAACUCUCUAUGUUUAUGU